AACCACCUGAUCUACCUCAUGAUUUUUCCUGCCACGCUCGAGACAUGAAAAAGAUAAUAUGUACUUGGAGCCAAGGAUGACACACCUAUCUCUACGGACAGCAUUCAACAAAAUACACUUUUUUUGAAGAAUUUGCCCAAAAAUUGAUUCCAUGCACAGUAAAUUGUUCUAAGCAGUGCUCAUGUUCUUGGGAUAUAAACCAGAAGAGGGUCUAUAAUAUCAUGCUGACUGAUGAAAACUCACUGGGAAAGAAAACUGCCAUGGAUGCUUUUGAUGUAACUCACAGAAUUCAUCCCUCUGCACCCUCCGAGCUGUUUGGACAUUGUUCGGAUACAAAAAUCAUGUUGUACUGGAAACAUUGAAACAAAGGACUUAAACUCUUUUGUCAGAUGGAAGUGCUCCACCCUGAUGGGAAAGCAGAACUGCACAACAGCUCCAGCAUGCGCCUCCAAUAUGCCAGCAUCACCGUGGGGGGACUGCAGCCGUACAUCCAGUACACACUUCAAGUACGCUGCGGGACAGCCCAGCACUUCUAGAGGUGGGGUGAAUGGAGCAAGGCCCAAACCUUCAGGAUGGAGGAAGCAAGUAUUCCAUCAGGGAAACUGGAUAUCUGGAGAGAAAUUACGCCAGUUUUGGGUGGGCGGAAUGUGACCUUAUUCUGGAAGCUAACACCAAGUUUUCAAGCAAAUGGAAGAAGUAUUUCAUAUGAAAUAACCUGGGAAAAAGUUGAAGAGGACUCUAAGCCUGAGCAUAUCUCCAUUUCAUCAGUCUAUAAUACCACAAGGAUUUUCAUUGAUAGUGAUCCUUAUAAAAUCAGUGUUGUGGCAAAGAACAAUGUUAAUUAUUCACUUCCUUCAGUAAUGAUCAUCCCUGGAGCUACAGGCACUGAAAAGGAGCUCAGCAUUUCAGAUCUUAAAGAAGACCAGGUUAUUGGUGCAGACAAUGGCAUUUUUCUUUCCUGGGAACCUAGAAAGACAUAUGACGGUUACAUUGUUGACUGGUGUAACUUCCCAGAGUUGCAGCCCCGUGAUCUUCAGUGGAAGAGAUUUGGGCCCCACAAUUCCAGUACUUUGAUCAGCUCAGCUUCAUUUGUGCCAGGGGUGGGAUACAACUUCCACAUCUAUGGAUCUGUUGCUAAUACAGUCUCCUUGUUGGAGAAGACGACUGGUUAUCUCAAGGAGCUCCCCCCCACGCUUGACCCUCCUGUGAAAAAAAUUCAUCUGACUUUCCAUGCAGUAACACUGUCUUGGGAUUCUUAUCCCACAACUGCGUCGCAGCCUGGCUUUAUAAGAGGCUACCAUGUUUACGCCUCUCCUGUGCAAGAGGACUGCAGUCUGAAAGAAUCCAAAAAACACAUUCUUCCAGAUGGUUCGGUGCUAUGUAAAUACAUAAUUGAAAACCCAGGAGAAAAGAGAUACACUGUGAAACACCUCAUACCUAAUACCAAAUACAAACUAGUGGUUAAAGCAUAUACAGGUGGAGGAGAGACUCCCAUUGCCAACUUAAACCUUUUUAAAUUUCAUAUUCUUGGAAGCAGCUUCAUGCAUGCAUAUCUGCUUGGCCACUGA